GCAUGGUGUAGCACAUUACAUGUUCUGACAUGCUUGAUCAUAAAAGGCAUUAAGGUUUCUACCAACAGAGACUUAAUAACAGAGAAUGAAGAGGGUCAUAAAAUUAUUAAGGCUACAGUACAUACUUUAAAAGCUUAGACACACCAGACUGCUUCAGAUGUUUUUGUUUGGACAUAAAUUAGGCGUCAGCAUGGAUAUAUUUCUGAGUCUUUUUCUCUGUGUAUGGCUGGCAUCUGGCUCAGUGUUAGCUGUGACUCUGCAAGGACUUCCUGCCACGGUGAGCCUGCAAGAGAACAGUCCAGCUGGAACUGAAGUCUUCUGCUUUAAGAUUGGGCUUUCCACAGGCACAAGUGUGGUCUCCGGAUUCCCUCUGCUACUCAACUCUAAUCCCCUCACUAAUGAUUUCAUGGUGUAUAUGGUGAAUUCAACACAUGCCAAGGUAACUGUCACAGGCUCCCCAGAUCUGGACUUUGAGAGUUCGUCUAAUCAUUUCAUUCUGCGGCUUCUUGUGGUGGACAACAGUGCAGGCUUUGAGCUGCAGACACUCACUGUUAUACUAACGGAUGUGGAUGAGCCCCCAGUUUUCUUGGAUGAAACCUCACUCCUCUACAUAGUGGAGAAGUCUCCACCAAGCUUAAUCUAUCAACCAGCUGUCUUUGACCCUGAAAAUAGACCUCUAACUUUCGCUUUGAGCCCUCUGAAUGCUGCUUUCAGCAUCGAUCACAGCAAAGGCUUCCUUUUCACUGUCAAACAGCUUGAUUAUCUAACUGAUCCUAGGCGAUAUUACUUUAAUAUGUCAGUGAAUGAUGGGAAUAACACCUCUACCAAACCUUUGUUCAUCAACCUAAUUAAUCUCAAUGAUGACAAACCAUACUUCUUAAACACCAUUACAUCUUUUACUAUCCCAGAAGAGUUGAGCCUGGGGCAUAUGAUGGCUAACAUUACUGCAGUUGUUCCCAGUGACUCACUUUAUAGCAGUUUCAUCUUCUACACCAUAAGUGACAACAAUUAUCUUGCCAUUCACAAAUACACUGGAUUGGUCACGAUUGCAAACAGGAUGGAUCGAGACUCUGUACCACUGAGGGACAGUCCAACCAUCACAGUGACUGUAACAGCCAGCUUUAGUCCCCCUGGACCACCACUAAUCAACACAAUCAACAUCACUGUUACUGUCCAAGACAUUAAUGACAACCCUCCCAUUUGCUUUGCUGACAACCAGAGGAGAGAGGUGCCAGAGACGGAGGUGAAGGGAGCCCUCAUUGCUACCAUCAUGUGCACUGAUAACGAUGUCCUGCCUUUAUUCAAAGAGUUUAUCUUUACUGGUCUCUCCUGCCUGGGUUGCAGUCAGCUGUUUGCCCUGAAAACCAAUCAGAUUAUACUGAAUGGUAGUUUGGACUAUGAAGAUCCUGGCAAUCUUUACACAGGCAAUGGAUACAGCCUUUUGAUUACAGCAGUAGAUAAAAAUGACAAUAAUUUAAAAGGAGAUGCCUUUGUUUAUGUGACCGUGACCCCAGUUAACGAGUUUGCACCUAUGUUUCAUCCUGUGUCUUAUUUUUAUACUAUUUCUGAACUUCUUGGAAGUGGUGUUGUGAUUGGCUCAGUCAAUGCCACUGAUAUGGAUUUGCCUCCAACAUUAUUGCGAUACUCUAUAGUGUCCGGUGGUGGUGCUGGAGGACUAAGGAAUAUUUUCCACUUGGACCCUAUACAGGGCCGGAUAACCCUGCUCACUCACCCUGACUAUGAGGACACACAGACACAUGUGCUAAUCAUCAGAGUGGUGGAUGGAGAUCCCAUCAGGCCACGCUCUGCCACAACCACAGUUGUUAUUAAUGUCACAGAGGCUAAUGAUGAGCCUCCGGUGUGUGGACCCAAUAACACAAACCUAGUAGUUCCAGUAGAUCUGCGUUUAGGUACAGCUGUCCAAGGUUUCACCCUUUCCUGCACAGACAGAGACUCUCCACCCACUUCAUUCAUCUACUCCAUCUCAGGAGCCAGCAAUGUGAACAACCAUUUUGGCUUUUCACCAAGUGCAGGCUCAAACAUGAGCCGUCUGAUUUUGGUAGCACCAUUUGGCUUCAGCAGCGGGCUGGACACACAGUGGAGCUACAGACUCACAGCACUGAUUUCCGAUGCCAACCUUCGUUCAGGGUAUGACAGUGCCAGAGCCCCUCCUCAGACUGGCACUGUCAUUAUCAAUGUGCGAGUAGUUGAUCCCCAGAUCACCACUGUCAUCACCACAACGACUCCCAGAGUCACAUAUAUCAAUGUGGAGACGAAUACAUUCAAUACAGGUGACUGGUAUGUGUGGUUUGUCCUUGCUCUGGGGAGUUUUCUUCUCCUGCUUAUGUUGGCUUACCUGCUGUAUAAGUCCUGCAUGUACUUCUCUACUAAAGACUGCCACUGCUGUGAGCCCACAAGAAUAGAUGGCAAAGAGGAACUCAUCACGGACAGAGGAUCACCCAUGCAAGAGGUAUUAAUGGAGGUGACAAAGGUCAACACUGUGUUUGAUAGAGAGGAAGUAGAUCCUGUUACAAAGAGAGUGUACGAGUACAAUAGUAAAUCAGGUGCUCGACGCUGGAAGGAUGCCAUCAUUGUAUGCGAUUCUGCUCCAAUCCAGCCAGAGUCUAGCACUCUGGUCAUCUCGGACAACACAGCUAAUGCACAGUCAUCACCAAGAUUUCCAGAUGACAACCAAAAACCUACCAUUUCCAGUGCUCAUUGAGAGUUUAUUGGAAAAAUAGAAUAAUGGAAUAAUAUUUGUUCUGUUAAAGAAAAAUUAAAAUGACAUACUCAGUUCUGAGCAGCAGAUGGCAGUCUUGUCUUUUUUUUUUCUAGUAAAAUGUCCCAAAAAUGAUCCUCCUCAAUUCAAUAAUAUCAGUACAUUUUCUGUGAUAUUUUUAAUGAUGAUAAAAGGCUAGAUUUUGAUAUAAGUGACAGGAUCAGUGUUAUGAAAGUUUGACUGUCACAAUAUUAAGAUUCAACAUCACUCUCUCUCUCUCUCUCUCUCUCUCUCUCUCACACACACACACACACACUGGUGCUGAGUCAGGAAUCCUGCUUCAGCUGGAAAACAUUCUCAUAGGACUAA